AUGGAGGGACUCAUCGACCGUCUUGAAGACCAAGCCGUGGAGGCUGUUCUCUCGGCUCCCGGCGUUCGCAGCAGCCCCAGCCACCCCACCCUAGCCGAGCCUGAGCCACCCGGCAGAUCCGACAAGUCUGAGCGAGAGGGCAGCCCCGUCGCCGCCGCCGACAACGACGACGAUAGCAUGGUGAGCUUUGGCUUCCUCGACCUGCUCGAUCUGGAUCUCUUCUCCAGGGAUGGCAGGUUCAGGUUUCCCUAG